AUGUGCCGAAUUCUACUGUAUGUCUUGGCAAUUUUCUGUCCGCCACUAGCAGUAUUAUUCGCCGAAGGAUGUACUACAAACUUCUGGAUUAACUUGGUUUUAACGUUCUUACUCUUCAUACCGGGCGUUAUACAUGCCUUCUAUAUUCUGUGCACCAGAAGACACUGCCACGAUGAAAUUAUUGUAAUUGAGCGUCACGAUCACUGCCGUUAUUAA